AUGAGUAGUUUUAAAUUAUCCAAUAGUAUUAAUUUAUCAAGUGGUGGUAAUAGCAAUGGCAAUAGCAAUAACAAUAAUAGUGGUAGUGGUGGAAGACCAUCUAUUACAAUAGGCAAUCGUAGAAUAACAUCUUCAUCCAACUCAUCACAUUCUGAAACCGAUCUAGCAAUUUCACCACCAUCCUCACCAUCCUCACCAUCAUCCUCAAUAUUAUCACAAUCCAUUAAUAAUAAUAAUAAUAAUAAUAAUAAUAAUAAUAAUAACAAUAGUAGUAUAGGAAGGGAUGCACCACCUUUAAUAACAUCCUCAAUAAUAUUACCACCAACAUUUGAAAGACAGAAUAGUGAAGAACGAUUCCAACCACACCAACUACCAACAUCACAUAAUCAAAUUAUAGAGGAUAAUAGUUUGGAGGUUGCUCCAACUGUUAGUAUUUUUGGUUCAAGCAAAAUAAUGUCGUCAUAUCCACCUUCAAAUAUACCCCAAUUAUUAUUAAAUUUUAAAAUAAAAGAACAAUCACCACAAAAAAUAACAACAGAUCCCAAUGAUGACUAUGACAAAAUUUUUAAUAGUAAUGAUAGUAUAGAGCGCAAUAAUAAUUUAUUUGAACUUGAUGAGGAAUCAAAUAGUAAUAGUAAUAACAAUGUAUUUUUAAAUAAUAGUAAUAGUAAUAGUAACAACGAAAUCGAUGAAUUAGAAAAUCUUUUAAAUGAAAAAAUUAUCUCAGAUAUCGAUUACAACAAUAAUAUAAACAGUAGUACACCAAAUAGUAAUAAUAAUAAUAAUAGUGAUAAUAGCGGAAAUAAACCAUUACCAUUCAAUUUUGAUUUUAAAAUUAAAUAUCAUGAAUUAUAUAGAGUAAUGUCAGUUUAUCAAUUAAAAGAUAAAAUUGUAAUUAAACCAGCCAACUCAAUUAGUAGUAAUCCAUCAAUAGAAUCAUUAGUAAUAGAUAGAUCAAAUUUUUCAAUUUCAUCACAAUAUUACUCAACAGAAUAUUUAAAACAAAAUAGUUAUGAUGUUAAAAAGAAAUCAUCUAGUAGCAAAAGUGAUACAAAUAAUAGUAGUGGUUUAAAUAAUAGUAGUGGCAGUUUAAAUAGUAGUGGCAGUAGUAUAAAUAAUAGCAAUAUAAAUAGUAAUGGAAAUGCAAAUUUAGGUGGUAGUAAUAAUAGCAUUGGCAAUACUAAUAGUAAUAGUAAUAAUACAAAUAUAAUUAAUAGUAAUAGUAAUUCAAUUUUAGCAUAUGGAAUUGUCGGUAUAAUUAAUUUAAUAUCGGGACCAUAUUUAAUUGUUAUUACUGGUCAAAAUUUAGUUGGUACCUUUAGUGGAAAAUAUAUUUAUCGUAUAGAAAAUUGUAAUUUAAUUUUAAUUAAUAAUAACCCAACCGAACUUUCAGAACACGACCGUAAAAUGGAAUCAACAUAUAAAAAAUCAUUAAAAAGUUUAUUAAAAUCAAAUUUUUAUUAUUGUUUUGACUUUAACAUUUCAGAUAAUAUAGAAAAUCAAUUAAAAUAUUUUAAUAAUAGUAACGACACCAACAAUAUUAAUAAUAGUAUUAAAGAAGAUGAUCCUACAAGAAAUGAUAGCUGUAAAAAACAAAUUUAUCAUCUCUUUGAAGUUUUUAAUAAUAGAUUUUACUGGAAUCGACAUUUACAAAAAAGUUUAAUUGAAAAUGGUUUUUAUAAUUGGGUCCUACCAUUAAUUAGAGGAUAUGCAGAAAUAUUUAAUUUUUUUCCAGAUAAAAAUGAUAUUGAAUUUGUUUUAAUAUCAAGAAGAAGUAGAUUUAGAGCAGGUACAAGAUAUAAUACCAGGGGUUCUGAUUUAUUAGGAAAUGUAGCAAAUUAUGUUGAAACUGAGCAAAUUAUAUCACAUCAAGAUACAAGUACAUUAAAAAAGAUUACCUAUUCAUUAGUUCAAACAAGAGGUAGUAUUCCAUUAAAUUGGGAGCAAUCAGGUAUGAAGAUGAAACCAGAAAUUAAAAUUAAUCCGGAUAAUAUAUUAAAUAUGGCAUCAUAUAAACUCCACUUUGAAGAACAAUUAAAGCUUUAUGGACCUCAAUCAAUCGUAACAUUAUUGGACCAAAAAGGAUCAGAAUCAGAUUUGGGCGACCUCUACAAGCAAAUGACUCAACAAUCUGGAUAUGAAAAGAUUGAAUUUAUAGCAUUCGAUUUCCAUCAUUAUUGCCAGGGUAAUAGAUUCGAUCGUGUUGAUAUUUUAAUUGAUAAUCUGGAAGAUAGCAUCAAUAGAAUAGGUUAUACCGAAAGAAAUUCCGAAAAGGGUUAUGUUUCUCAUCAAAAUGGUCUAGUUAGAACUAAUUGCUUAGAUUGUUUAGAUCGUACUAAUUUGGUUCAAUCAAUGAUCGGUGUAUCCGUACUGGAAAAACAAUUAAAGACAUUGGGUAUAGAGUGGAAGAUUAAAGAUCCCAAUAAAGCAGGAACACGUCAGGUUAAAUUGGCUUGGGCAAAUAAUGGUGAUGCUAUUAGCUUCCAAUACGCUGGUACUCAAGCACUAAAGGGUGACUACACUAGAACCGGUAAAAGAAAUACCAAAGGGGUUUUUAGAGAUGGCGUUAACUCAUUGACACGUUACUAUAUCAACACCUUUUUGGAUAAAAUUAAACAAGUAUCAAUUGAUUUAUUCUUGGGUUUAAUUACUGUAGAAACUAACCAUUAUAAGUUUAUUCAAAAAGAAGUUGACUGGGGCGAGUCUCGUAUGAAUGCUAUCAAUAAUUGUGUUGAUCACUUUUUACGUUCUGGUUGCAAAGAGAACAAUGGUUCCGGUAGUAGCGAAGGUUUUAUUAAUGCCUGGAUCGUAACAUCCAUCAAUAAAAGAAAUCAAGAGCAAGAGCGUAUUCUUUUAUUAACACCAUCCUGGCUUGUUAGAUGUAAAUACAAUUUUAACGAAAAUAAAAUCGUCCAUUUCAAACAGUUUAAUUUAACCUCAAUUAAAAGAAUUCAAAUGGGAACAGUAACAUUAGAUAAUGGUAAAAAAACCUCUUAUGGUAUUAAAAUCUAUCAUAAAUCAAAACAGUUUAGUCCAAAUAAUUCAAAAGAUAAUUUACCAACUUACAAAAAAUCAUCGUCAUCAAAAUCAUCACCCCAACCUAUUAAUACAAGUAAUAUUGGUGGCAGUGCCAGUGGAAGUAGCAGAUCUUUGCAUGACUCUAUGGACAAUAGUAUAUUAUCAAGCUCACCAACAAACACAACCCUAUCAGAUCCUUCAAAUGACAACUCAACAAACAAUCAAAUCGAUGACAGUGUUAUUGCAGAUUGCUCAUUUAAUCAAUAUAUUAUACCAAUACCAGAGGGAGAAACUAUUGAAUUUGGAAAAGAUUUAAGUAGAGAAAUUUCUGAAUCAAUUCGUGAUAGCUAUGUAUCAUUAAUGGGUUAUUCAAAUAUUAGUCAACUAUCUUAUGGCUCAAGCUUUAUUGUUGAACAAGAUUUUAAGAGAAAGAACAAUGGUUUAGUAAGUUCAGCUUAUAAUAGUUUAAAAUUAGGUUUUUAUUCUAAAUCACCAACGGUAUCUGCAAGUAAAUCAAAAAGCUUAAAAUCAUCCUCAUCAACAAUGGUAUAUCAUAAUUAUCAUAACUCAUUACAACAUCAAAAACAACAUAGUAAUAGUGGAGGUAGUAGUUUCGGAAGACCGCAACCAAUAAAGAUUCAUUCAUCAUUAUCAGUUUCAUCUUCUUCAAACCCAAUUACUUCUAACACAACAACCAAUACUAAUAACAAUAACAAUAAUAUUAAUAAUGACAAUGAUGGUUCAGGAUUUAUCACAUCAACAUCAGUCAUUAGUUCACCUCAAAUUUCACCACAAUCACCACCACAAUCACCACCACAAUCGCCACCACAAUCACCACCACAAUCACCAACUAAACCACAGUCAAAUAUCGUUCAACAAUUACAACAAUCUGAAAAUCAAAAGGUUAAUAAACGUAGAAGUAAAAGUUUUGACUCCUCAGUAAUCUAUAGAAGUAAUAUAAAACCAACCAAUGGAUCUUUAGAAAAUGUAGAAUGGAAUAAUUAUUAUGGUCCAAGGGCUAAAAAUAAUAAUUAA